AUGGCGGCCUCCUCGCCCGCGCCGUCCCCGCGGGAGGGCGGCCCCCGAGCGCCGCGGGCCCCCGGCCCCUCGCCGCCGCCGCGCCCGCGCUCGGGCUCCGAGGCCGAGGACGCCGAGCUGUCGCUGAGCCUGGCCCGCACCAAGACCCGCUCGUACGGCAGCACGGCCAGCGUGCGGGCUCCGCUGGGCGCCGGCGUCAUCGAGCGCCAUGUGGAGCACCGGGUCCGCGCCGGCGACACGCUGCAGGGCAUCGCGCUCAAGUACGGAGUCACGAUGGAGCAGAUUAAAAGGGCAAAUAAACUGUUUACCAGUGAUUGUAUAUUUCUGAAAAAAACUUUGAACAUCCCAGUUAUAUCAGAGAAGCCUUUGUCGUUUAAUGGGCUUAACUCAAUAGAUUCUCCAGAAAGUGAAACUGUUGGUAGCAGUUUUUCUCAUGAAGAAGAGCCGACAGCAGCUGGGGAAGACCUCUCUCCUCCUAGUCCUCAAGAAUCCGACGUUCAGCCAGUACAGCCUGAAGAAGUAUCAGCUAGAGAUUUCCUGCAGAGACUAGACUUGCAGAUUAAGUUGUCAACACAGGCAGCCAAGAAACUAAAAGAAGAGAGCAGAGAUGAAGAAAGUCCCUAUGCAACUUCCCUCUAUCACAGUUAGAUGAUCAAGGGUGAUAAUCUAACCUGGAUUGAGAGCUGUUUGGAUCAUAACGAAAACAACAACUGAAGAUUCAAAAGCAUACAUCCUUUAAAUCACAGUUUAGUAGUUCCACCUACUGCAAUUGCACUGAAAUGAUUAUUUCCCUCUGGCUUUCUAUAAUUUUAAGUCUUUAUUAUGGCAUGAGAGCAAAAUUAUAUCCUAAAGCUCAUCACUUUUGUAGGUGAUGGUAGUUUUUAGACUAGUUUUUGUAAAUACUAGUUAACAUAAAGCAUCAAAGACUAUAUACAUAUUCAAGCUGAAAACAAUGUUGGUCGUCUGAGAAAUCUUAAGUAUGUGAAAUACAUGGUUGCUGUUUAAGUGAUGCUGAUUUUGCUAUGUAUUUAUAACUUAAGUGCUAUAUAUAUAUAUUUCGAUAUGUAUUACAUAUUCUGUAUUAAUAUAAAGAACCAAAUUUUGUCUGCUAUUUUGUAAAAUAAACUACAAAAGCCUGAAUGAGAAAAUAAAUUAUGUUUUCAUA